GCAGGCAGGCCCUUUCCUCCGCCUCCUGCAGAGCCUUCCAGGCAGCCAAGCGUGUCUCCGGCUGCAACUCCAUCGAGCACGCCGCGGCCGCGCCAUGGCCGUGCCUGCAGCAGCCCCACCAGUGUGCCAGCCCAAGAGUGCCACUAACGGGCACCAUCCUGUUCCUCGACUCUCCAUUUCCUCCAGAGCCACGGUGGUAGCCAGGAUGGAAGGCGCCUCCCAGGGAGGCCUGCAAACAGUUAUGAAAUGGAAAACAGUGGUUGCCAUCUUUGUGGUGGUCGUGGUCUACCUCGUCACCGGUGGCCUUGUCUUCCGGGCAUUGGAACAGCCCUUUGAGAGCAGUCAGAAGAACACAAUUGCCUUGGAGAAGGCAGAAUUCUUGAGAGAUCAUAUCUGUGUGAGCCCCCAGGAACUGGAGACACUGAUCCAGCACGCACUUGAUGCUGAUAAUGCAGGGGUCAGCCCGGUAGGAAACUCCUCCAACAGCAGCAGUCACUGGGACCUCGGAAGUGCCUUCUUCUUUGCUGGGACGGUCAUCACGACCAUAGGGUAUGGGAAUAUUGCUCCGAGUACUGAAGGAGGCAAAAUCUUUUGUAUUUUAUACGCCAUCUUUGGGAUCCCGCUCUUCGGUUUCUUAUUGGCUGGAAUUGGAGACCAACUUGGAACCAUCUUUGGCAAAAGCAUUGCAAGAGUGGAAAAGGUUUUCCGAAAAAAGCAAGUGAGUCAGACCAAGAUCCGGGUCAUCUCAACUAUUCUUUUCAUCUUGGCUGGCUGCAUCGUGUUUGUGACGAUCCCUGCUGUCAUCUUUAAAUACAUAGAGGGCUGGACCGCCUUGGAGUCCAUCUACUUUGUGGUAGUCACUCUGACCACAGUGGGCUUUGGUGAUUUUGUGGCAGGGGGAAAUGCUGGCAUCAAUUACCGAGAAUGGUACAAGCCGCUGGUGUGGUUUUGGAUCCUUGUUGGCCUUGCCUACUUUGCAGCUGUCCUCAGUAUGAUUGGAGACUGGCUGCGAGUUUUAUCCAAAAAGACAAAAGAAGAGGUGGGUGAGAUCAAAGCCCAUGCAGCUGAAUGGAAGGCUAAUGUCACUGCUGAGUUCCGGGAGACGAGACGACGGCUCAGCGUUGAGAUCCAUGACAAGCUGCAACGGGCAGCCACCAUCCGAAGUAUGGAGCGCCGGAGACUGGGAUUGGACCAGAGGGCCCACUCACUGGACAUGCUUUCCCCCGAGAAGCGCUCUGUCUUUGCAGCCCUGGACACAGGCCGUUUCAAGGCCUCAUCCCAGGAGAGUAUCAACAACAGACCCAAUAACCUACGCCUUAAGGGGCCAGAACAGCUCAACAAACACGGGCAGGGCGCUUCUGAGGACAACAUCAUCAACAAGUUUGGGUCCACCUCCAAACUCACAAAGAGGAAAAACAAAGAUCUCAAAAAGACCUUACCUGAGGAUGUUCAGAAAAUCUACAAAACCUUCCGGAAUUACUCUCUGGAUGAAGAGAAGAAAGAGGACGAGACAGAGAAGAUGUGUAACUCAGACAACUCCAGCACAGCCAUGCUGACAGAGUGCAUACAGCAGCAAGCUGAGAUGGAGAAUGGAAUGGUACCCAUGGACACCAAAGACCAGGGGCUGGAGAACAAUUCUUUACUUGAAGACAGAAACUAAAUGUUAAAGACACUGGAGCUGGACUAAGUGUUGUCUUGUUUUUGUUUGUUCUUGUUUUGUUUUGUUUUCUGUCUUGUUUUUGUUUUAAUAUUCACACUGAGACACGUGCCUUAAAUAGACUUGUUAGUCCAAAAUUACAUAGCAUUGAAUAUAUUUCACUGUGCCAUACACAACUGAAAGCUUGCUCUGCCAAAAUGAGUCAAACAAGACCUUUGUUUCAAAUAGUGGUGGCAGGACCCAUGGGAGCAUUUGCACAGGUAGCAGGUGUCGGCUAUUCCUGUGAGGGGAGUUCCAAUGGCAGUGCUAUAGUCUCCUCACACAGUGCCACCCUGGCAUGGUACACAGGCAAGGCAGCUUUCCCUCAGACCAGCCUCUGAGAGGACAGGUUUGACUUUUGAAUUGAGUCUCCUUUCCCCAACCAACCCUUAGUGAUAGGUUGUGCACAGAAGGGGUGGCUGUUUGCGAGGGACCUGGUGACUCUAGCAAGGGUUUGAGUGGACAUUUUGACAGGCCACGUGCAGAACACCUACUCCGAAAUGAAUGUCCUUGGGACCCAAGAGUACCUGGGAAACUGUUCAGAGCACACAUAUUUUAUAAGGUGCAAUUGCUUUUCUCAUUAAAAAAAAAAUCACAGACACAUCCCACUGUGGAUAUCUCCUUAACCAAUGACAGACGUCCACUGAACUUUAUCCUCACGGGAUAUGUAAUGCAGGCGGGCUCGCAAGCUUUGGUGAACACACCGCCUCAGCCUCUGCCUCGUUUGGAAGGCAGAUCAUGCAUUUUCUUCAGUGGGUGUGAAGGUAAAAAAAUAAACUGAUUUUGGAACAUUCAUACUCACUUUUCUAUGGGAACUUUAAUUAUAACUCGUUUUGAUAGGAGGGCGGAAAUACCAAAAUUAUUGCCUUUGCAUGAUACCAGUGGCUUGCUGUUCUGUCUAGCUGCUCCUAAUUUUUUUUUAAAUAAAGAUAAAAGUAGACAUCUUGCAUUUGUGAGACACACCGAGGAGGACCAUGGCAUCUUUCCAUCUCAGGGCUUCCUGUCCUUUUGGGUGUCUUAGAGUAGACUUAGCUAUGGGACUCAAUCUUGCUAUUUCCGAACAAAAGGAAAAGGAAUCGCUCACCAAACCCUUGGAAGAUUGAAAUGGUUUAAGCUCUUUGCAGCUUAAGUGCCAUUAAUGCAUUUAAAACCGUACUGAAGAGGAAGGUUUAAAAGAUUUCAUCUUGUUCUUGUGUUUUCUGAUGCCUUUAUCAAUUUCAUUGUAUGACUAUGUUUCAUUAUGUCUUUACUAAGGGAACACAUCCUUCCCUACCUAUUCACCCCACACCUGUCAAUCACCAGAAUGCUAACUCCCUCACCAUUUCUAGGCAGGCAAUGGUCAACAUGAGACCAGAAAGGAGAAAUUCAUAGUAGGCCUUAUCUCUGCCGUGGAUGCAUCAGCUUUAAUCAGAUUUGGCUGCAUGCUGGUUCAGCUAGGGCCUCCUGCACUUAAACAUUUGAAUCCUGUAACAUGAGGAAACUGCUGGUUAUGGGUCUUCAAGACUCAGUACCACCUUUGGGGAUUUUCAUGGAAUUUUCCUAUAACUAAUUAACAGAGCAUAUUUAACAAGAGAUCACACACAGCACAAGUGGAGACUUCCAGAAACCGUCUACCUUUUUCUAACCGAGGGUAAAUUAUGUCCACUGCCUCUUUGACUGAUGGUACUAUGGAAGAUUCAUGUUCCCUGCCCAUUUCCCUGAAAUGUACUGUCCAGCUGUCCCCUUCUUGGAGCACUGAAGCCUGUUUUCCAACUCAGUGAAACCUUCAGGAUCUUGUUAAUUAUUUGAGAAGUCAAAUAGGAAUCACUAUGGUGAGCCCUUUUCUGUUCAGGAUUUGUCUGGGAUCCCUCCAUCAGAUCACAUAGUGCUGGAGACUUGGACAUUAUGACAUGGAUGCUGGGUUUCUAUCUUGGGAAGGGUCCAGCCUGGCUCACUGGGUUUUAAGGAACAGGGAGAAAAGUGGGACUUCUCUAUUCUGAUGAGUUUCCUGAUGAAACUGCACAUGGAUCUCACCCAUUUUCCGUUGUAUGGUACCGUGGCACAUCUUCAUUGUUGUGUUAAAACUGCAGGCACUAGAUCUGUGUCUGGGAAAGAAGCAUCCCUGCCUUUUGUUCUGUGCCUUUUGUGGACUUGGCACUGACUUUGGGCAUUUUAAGGCACUCAUUGAAGCCUCAGUGGGAAGUAUUUACAAACCCUUUGUAUAGACGAGGGCACAGACUCAGGGAAGCUAAGCGACUUACCAGUAGUGCACAGCAAGAAUGUGGUAAGAGUCUGCUCUUAGUUUUGCUUAUGAUGUCCAUGACAUGUACCCUUGUGACUGAGAGCGCUUGUGUGUGUGUGUGUGUGUGUGUGUGUGUGUGUGUGAUUGUAUGCGUGCACAUAUCUUACAAGCUUCAUGAGCACAGUUGACAGAAGUGACGGUCAGAUUUUUUUUUUACCCUUAAGAGGGAGCAAAAUUUGGGGAUAAAGCUGUCCUAAAAGUUUGCCCCUGAAGCUAUCUACCGCAUGCUUCUGGCUUCGGGAUGCUGUAGAAAGCACCUUUUCGUAUUGCUGGAAAUGCCCCUCCAAAGCACUCCUUUGCACUUUACUCGAUUUCCUUGCCAGAACUCUUCAUACAGCAAGAACUAGACAGCUCAGAAGUCUUAGAUGCGUAUAAUCAACCAAAUGGAACAGGUACAUGAGUCAGUGUGUGCACGGAUGUAUUCGCGGGAAUUGAACCACAGUAAUACUGAGACUCAAACAUAACCUUGGGUCAAGAGUGUGAAACCCAUUCCCAGAGUUGGAUAAAGGUUCUAAACGAUGUCAAAAAGAGCCUCAACCCAGAUUGUGUAUGUGGACAAAGUGCUCCAAAUGCUUCAUGAUGGGAGCGAGAGAGGUUUCAUUUCCUGUGUGCAUGCUAACUAAGCCUGAAGGUGUUGCUUGUUUGGAAGUUACUGGAAUGCUACCCCUGUAAGCAGGGGAGCAAGCAGUAUGCAGAACAGGCACAAGAAGACAGCUGCUACAUUUACAUACAAACACAGGCUGGCCUACCCUUUCCCCUCAGUAACCCUUGCCUCUCUCUUAAGCCCAGAAUAAAUGUAUGGAUGUUAGACAUGGAAAGAGCACAUGGUUGGUAUCUUAGGGGGGCGCUUUUGUGCUUGUUUGACGGCAGCUGAGCACAGAAUUGUUCUCUUGUCUGGAGGUUUACUAGUGAGAGCUAAGGGACAGCUUGGAGAGGCUAAUAUAUAUAUAUAUAUAUAUAAUUAUAUUAUAUAGUAUCAUAUCAUUAUAUAUAUAUAUAUAUAUAUAUAUAUAUAUAAUAUAUAUACAAUAUAUUCUGAGACCUAACUCAGUAGUGAUUCACUCUAGCAGUUUUCAGUUUGGCUAUAGGGAUGUGCAAUGUGUAAAUGUGUGACACGUGUGGUGCGAAAGGGGUCGUCCCUGGCUUGUAAUUCAGGUAUCUGGGACCACUAUUGCUUGAGCUCUUCCACACCCCGAGCCCGUGCACACAGGCUCACUGUUUUCCCUGUUCCUCACCUGCACACCAAGGGAGCGGAGCACAGGUGAUCACCAAGACCUUUUUCCAAUUGUACAGUUCUCUGAGAAGACAUUCCCUAGUCCAUGAGUUAAUCAAAAGAUUAUUAAGUUGGAUUUCUGCAUAUUGAUUAAUGGCCCCAUUCCCACCCUCGGUGUUUGUUUUCUGUAUGGUUGACGGAGACCAGACAGAUGUAUUUGAGAGACUGCUGUCCAAAUUAGGAACACACCCUACAUGGGCCCUAUCCACUACCAUCCCAGCCCUUAGCACACUGUUGCUCUGCGCAGCACACAAUGCAGGGGGCUCCUUUUGUUUUGUGUUGCAGUAUGCGGGCGGGGUCAUCAAGACAGUGGUUUAAGGCUAGUCAAAAGAAUUGUAAGCCCUUGCUAUCUGCACUUAGUUGUACUAAAUGUUCCCUUGACCGCAUUGUGAAUUCCUGUCCUUCCCCCCUCCCUCCUCCUGGUGAAAGUCAUACACGAGUAGGGAAUGACUUCUCAGGUUCCACGGGGACAAUCUCAUGUGGGAGGUUCUAGUUGUGCUAAGGAUUAGCAAAGAACCCUUAAACCCUCCCCUGGUUGGUUCCGAGGCCUCAUUUCCUGGGGUGUCAAAGCUUCUGCGUAACUAUGUGUGAGUGUGGUCUGGGGCCGGGGUUCUGGCUGAAGCACUCGUGGCUCACUGGACUGCUAACCAUCCAGCGGGCAGAGUGGUUUCAACAUCAAGACACUGCAAGGAAAGGCAGAGCAAGCUCCACAAAGCUUCUCGCUAAAAGAACACGAGCCCUACUGUCUUCUGCCUCUUGGCUUUCUGUGUUUUGCCAAUGCUUCAUGUCUGGGGGGGGGGUCUGUCUCACUGUUAGGAUACAGGUGUUUGCAAAGACAGGAGGCUGAGGCUGGGCAUGGGAGGCCUCUGCUGAUAUAGCAUAAGAACUGACUUAUUAAUAAUGGCCCCCAAAAGACACACAACUGAGCUCUAAAACAAAGGUCACUGUCAUUUGGCAUUUCGAGGGCUGUUGGGUCUGCAUCCAGGGUGACUCUGAUAAAGCCCUGUACUCUGUCCCCGUGUGGGAGCUAUGUGACACCACACUGUGACCUUUCCCUGCUCCAUGUACUUCUUGGUCCGUCCAUGUGGGUAGAUCGAAUGACAUCAGGUAUAGAGAAGUGAGAGGUGUCUCUGACUUACUGGGUGUGGUUAUCAUUUUCACGGGUGCCGGAGAUUGGGGGCCCCCCUUAUGUUCUUUGUCCUUAAGUUCUUUGUUCUCUGUCCUGUGUGUUACAAAAAAAAAAAAAAAAAAAAAAAACCUCCGAGAAAUUGCAGUCCUUCAGCAUUGUCUGUCCCGUGUGUGGGGCUCUAGCUGGAAGGGAGAUGCCUAGAUGGAAUAUGCAAACUACUGCAGAUGCUAACCUCUGUUUCCUAUCUGUCCCAGAGCAGCAGGCAAGGGACCCAGUCAUGACUGACCGUAAACCCAUGUGUGGAGAUGUUUUACAUUUUUUUUUUUUGGUAAGAUUUCAUGGUGCUUUUUUUUUUUAAGGCAUUUUACAGUUCAUGUGUUGGGGGACAUUUCAUAUUGUUCUUAGAAGGAGAGGUGGGAAUUUGCUUGUAACAUUUCAAUAAGCUGUGCUGCUAUUGCCCUUAUUUGAAGAUGUAAUUUUUUUUCAAUGAUGGAGAACAUUGCAACAAAGACCUUCUGGAAGAUCCAA